AUGGUUACACUGGCAGACAUGGUGAAAGUAUUUGUGCCUGAAGAAGCCGAGCUAAACCCGGAACUCUACGGACUCAGGCGAUCACACAGAGAAAGACGACAAGUACAUAGUUUGGUGGAAAGUGACGAUGACGACGAAGACGAAGCUCCUCGGCGUCGGAAACGGACCAGACGACUAGAAGACGCAUACGAUGAUGGCAUGGACGACGAAGAACUUGACGACCUGGACGACAUUGACGACAUUGAUGACGACGAUGAAGACGACGAGUAUAUGGUGUCUUCCAAGAAGAGAAGGACCAAGAUCAAAGUCAGUAGGAAGACGAGUAAGACGAGUCACAGCAAGAAGAAGGCCAAGGCCAACGUCAUACCACAGGAGCUAAGGUUCUCGACCCGGAACAACAACAAGAAGGUUAACUACGUGGUAGACUAUGAAGACGACGAUGACUUGAUGGAAAGCGGAGGCGAAGGUUACGACGGUGUGGACAAUGACGAAGGGAUCGACGGCGACGUUGAAGAAGACGACUACUACUACUACCAACAAGCACAACAACAGACUACUGCAGACGGAGAUAGUGGUGCCAGUGAACGAGGCAUUGAUCAAGUGAUGGACCACAGGUUGAAUGAAGACAACUCGGAGCUCACGCACGACGCGAAGUUGGACUACUUGUUCAAAAUCAAAUGGUCGGAUGCUUCUCAUUUGCACAACACCUGGGAGUCUUGGGACGAUUUGAAGGCCAUAAAGGGGUUCCGGAAGGUGGAGAACUACAUUAAGCAGUUUAUUAUAGCGGACCAGGAGAUCAGAACAGACCCCUUGACCACCAAGGAAGACAUUGAAGCCAUGGACAUUGAGAAGGAACGGAAAAGAGACGAACAAGAAGAGUAUACCCAAGUGGAACGGAUAGUUGAUAGCGAUAGGGUUGAAGUCAAUGGAGGAGAAGAAAGUCAAUUGCAAUAUUUGUGUAAAUGGAAAAGACUUUAUUACGAUGAAUGCACUUGGGAAAAUGCUGAAGAAAUCGCCCAAAUAGCUCCUGACCAGGUGACUAAAUACCAACAACGAUUGAAGCUGAAGAUCUUACCCAAUCUUUCGGCAAACUAUCCACUUUCUCAACGGCCUCGGUUUGAAAAGUUGGUGAAACAACCGGUUUUCGUUAAGAAUGGAGAAUUAAGAGACUUCCAGUUGACGGGAUUGAAUUGGAUGGCUUUCCUUUGGUCCAGAAACGAAAACGGGAUCUUGGCCGAUGAAAUGGGGUUAGGAAAAACCGUUCAAACUGUUUGUUUCCUUUCUUGGUUGAUCUGUGCCCGGAGACAGAAUGGACCUCAUUUGGUAGUUGUACCUUUAUCCACGAUCCCUGCCUGGCAAGAAACAUUUGAAAAAUGGUCUCCAGAUAUCAAUUGCAUCUACUAUUUGGGGAACACCGAGUCUCGGAGAAUGAUACGGAAUUAUGAGUUCUACAACACCAACAAUAAACCCAAAUUUAACGUCCUUUUAACCACCUACGAAUAUAUUUUGAAGGAUAGAAACGAAUUGGGGGCCAUAAAAUGGCAGUUUUUGGCAGUGGACGAAGCCCAUCGGUUGAAGAACGCAGAAUCUUCUCUUUAUGAGUCAUUGAAGCUGUUCAAAGUUGCAAACAGAUUGCUUAUCACCGGGACACCAUUGCAGAACAAUUUGAAGGAAUUGGCAGCGUUGUGCAACUUUUUAAUGCCUGGAAGAUUCAACAUUGAACAAGAAAUUGACUUUGAAACCCCAGAUGCCGAACAGGAGCAAUAUAUUAAAGAUUUGCAAAAGAAAAUCCGGCCAUUUAUCUUGAGACGGUUGAAGAAGGAUGUAGAGAAGUCCCUACCUUCUAAAACAGAGAGGAUUCUUCGGGUGGAAUUGUCUGAUAUCCAAACGGAAUAUUACAGGAAUAUCAUCACCAAGAACUACUCUGCGUUGAAUGCAGGCAACAAGGGGUCCCCCAUUUCGCUUUUGAACGUCAUGAGUGAGUUGAAAAAGGCCAGUAACCAUCCUUAUUUGUUCGACGGGGCAGAAGAUAGGGUAUUGGAGGCUUCCGGGUCUUCUUCAAGAGAAAAUAUCUUGAAAGGAAUGAUCAUGACUUCCGGGAAAAUGGUUUUGUUGGAACAAUUAUUGACCAGAUUGAAACAAGAAGGUCACAGAGUGUUAAUAUUUUCACAAAUGGUUAGGAUGUUGGACAUUUUGGGGGAUUACUUGUCGAUAAAGGGCUAUGCAUUCCAGAGAUUGGAUGGUGGGAUUCCUUCUGCCCAAAGAAGAAUAGCCAUUGAUCAUUUCAAUGCUCCGGACUCCAGAGACUUUGUAUUUUUACUUUCUACAAGAGCAGGUGGGUUGGGGAUCAACUUGAUGACUGCUGAUACGGUGAUUAUUUUUGAUUCCGAUUGGAACCCACAAGCGGAUUUACAAGCCAUGGCUCGUGCCCAUAGAAUUGGUCAAAAGAAACAUGUUUCUGUUUAUCGGUUUGUCAGUAAGGAUACCGUUGAAGAGCAAAUCUUGGAAAGAGCCAGAAAGAAAAUGGUUUUGGAAUAUGCCAUUAUUUCCUUGGGUAUUACUGACCCCAACUCCUCUAAAAAGAAUAAAACAGAGCCUUCUGUCUCUGAAUUGAGUCAAAUCUUGAAGUUUGGAGCAGGAAAUAUGUUCAAGGCCACAGAUAACCAAAAGAAAUUGGAAGAGUUGAACUUGGACGAUGUUUUAAACCAUGCUGAAGACCAUAUCACCACUCCCGAGAUUGGAGAGUCGAACUUGGGGUCUGAAGAGUUUUUGAAACAGUUUGAAGUCACGGAUUAUAAGGCCGACAUUGAAUGGGACGAUAUCAUCCCUCAAGAGGAGUUGGAACGGUUGAAGAGUGAAGAGAAACAAAAGGCAGAGGAAGAAUGGAUGAAGGAACAAAUUGCCUUAUAUUCCAGACGGAAGGCUACCCUCAAGAAGUUGACUGAUGGUUCAGAGACAAACACUGAUAUGGACGAUGAAGUGGAGGAAGACAGCAAGUCUUCUAGGAGAAGAAGAGCUGCGGGUAACACCCACCAAUUAUCCGAGAAGGAAGUAAGAGGUAUUUAUCGUUCGAUCUUGAGAUUGGGGGAUUUGUCUGGUAAAUGGGAACAACUAGUUGAAGACGGAAGUAUCACCAACAAGAAUCCCAUUUUGGUGAAACAUGCAUACAACGAGAUCAUCAAUAUGUCUCGUACGUUAGUUAAAGAGGAAGAGAUUAGAAGAUCUAAAGUAUUGGCAGAGUUGGAAACGAAGGCCAUGGAACUGAAGGAAAGAGGCAUUGUUAACCCCGAUGGACCCAAUCCUAUGGCCUUAUGGCUUGCAAAAAAGAAGGAAAAGAAGGCUGUUUUAUUUGAAUACCAAGGAGUUAAAAAUAUCAAUGCUGAAUUGGUAUUGAAUAGACCAAAAGACAUGAAGUUAUUGGAAAGCAUGAUUCCUACCCAGAAACCAAUUCUGUUUGUUCUUCCUCGACCUGCAAAGCCAGUAAUGCAAUGGCAAUGUGAUUGGACCGAGAAGGAUGAUGCUAUGCUCUUAGUUGGAGUGUACAAGUUUGGCUAUGGAUCUUGGGUUCAAAUUAGAGAUGAUCCUAUUUUAGGAUUGCAGAACAAGUUGUAUUUGGAGAACACCAAUGCCAAAGCAGCCGCAGCGGCAGCCUCUUCCACAGCUACAGUAGCAGCUGGUGGUGGUGGUGAUGUUGCUGCUGUUAACCCUUCAGCAACACCUGAAGGUAACGGAGUUAAGAAGGAAGUUGUUGAAGAAAAAGUGAUCAAGAAGGUUCCCGGAUCCGUUCAUCUUGGAAGAAGAGUCGAUUACUUGUUCAGUUUGUUACGCGGAGAUGAUGAGACUGGGUCUGGCCCCUCAGGAGAAGUUGGGAACGGUACCGGUUCUGGUAUAAAGAAGAAAUCCAUUAGGAAACCAAGAACCGAGACUCCAACCCCCGGCGGAGUUAAGAAGAGUGGAGGGCCACAGCAUCAUAUACGAUCUACAUCACCUGAGCUCGAGAGGAAGAAGGGUAAAGCCAAGACCAAAGCACCAGCAUCGAACAAAGAGAAUGUUGCAAUUGAACUUGACGGCGGACACAAAGCACAUCAUAAUAAUCACAAGCAUGAAGAGAACGAUUUAGAAUACGACAGUAUGGAUGAAAGCCAUUGCAAGUUGACACUCAAGCCCGUUUCCAAAUCGUUAGUCCGGUUACAUAAGGGACCCAAGGGAAUUGACACCGAGGAAUGGAAACAGAUUUUAAAGACAGAACUCUUGGAGAUUGGUGAUUUUAUUGGGGCAGUUGUGCAAAAGACAUCCAACUACGAUAAGAGAAAGAAAAUCGAUAAACACUUGUGGUCGUAUGCCAGUCUUUAUUGGCCAGCUAAAGUUCCAAGUAAGAAGAUUCACAAUAUGUACACAAAGAUUAAAGAACGUGAAAGUGAAGCAGCAGCAGGAGCAGGAGCAGCUGCCAAGAAGGUACCCAAAUCUUUGCCGCCCAAGCCCAAAGUCGAGCCUAAUUAG